AUGAAAGUACUGGUACCCGUGAAACGCGUCGUUGACUACAACGUCAAGGUACGUGUCAAGCCAGACAAUACUGGAGUCGAUUUAUCCAACGUGAAAAUGUCGGUGAACCCAUUUUGUGAAAUUGCAAUAGAAGAAGCCGUACGCCUGAAAGAGGCCGGCACGGCCACUGAAGUGGUCGCCGUAUCCGUUGGCAGCUCUGCCUGUCAGGAGCAGCUGCGCACCUGUCUAGCACUGGGCGCAGAUCGUGCUGUGCUGAUCGAAACAGAUGAAGACGUUCAGCCACUGGGCAUCGCGCGAGCACUGCAGGCACUGCAGGCCAAAGAAAAUGCGGAUAUUGUCAUUUUCGGCAAGCAGAGCAUUGAUGGGGACAACAGCCAGACAGGGCAGAUGUUUGCCGCUCUGACCGGCAUGGGACAGGGCACAUUUGCCUCUGAGCUCAACAUUGAAGACGGCAAAGCACAGGUUAUACGGGAAAUCGAUGGUGGCCUGCAGACGGUUAAGGUUUCUUUACCUGCUGUUGUGACCACUGACUUACGUCUCAACGAGCCGCGUUAUGCCUCCCUGCCAAACAUCAUGAAGGCAAAGAAAAAGCCGCUUGAUACAACGACCCCUGACGAAUUGGGCGUUGAUGUUAAACCUACAGUGGAAACGCUGCGCGUUGAGCCACCUGCCGAGCGUGAAGCCGGUAUUAAAGUGGAAUCAGUAGAAGAGCUGGUUGAUAAGCUGAAAAACGAAGCGAAGGCCGCUGCAAUCGCUGGUGUUAACAAGGUACUGGUUGCUGACAACGCCGUUUACGCUAACCAGUUGCCCGAAAACGUCGCGGCGCUGGUGGUAGAGGCCGCUUCAGGCUACUCGCACAUUCUUUGUGCACACACCACCAACGGCAAAAACUUCAUGCCACGGGUCGCUGCAAAUCUGGGUGUCGCCAUGAUUUCUGACAUCGUCAGCGUCGAAAGUGAAGACACCUUCAAACGGCCGAUUUAUGCAGGUAACGCCAUUGCAACGGUCAAAGCCAACGAUGCCGUUAAAGUGGUAUCCGUCCGAGGUACCGCUUACGACCCCGUCGCAGCUGAAGGUGGCAGCGCCUCCAUCGAAGCUUUAGACAAUGUUACCGACGCAGGCGUUUCGGAAUUUGUCAGUGAAGAAGUGGUUAAGUCUGAGCGUCCCGAAUUGACCUCUGCCGGCAUCAUCAUAUCUGGCGGCCGCGGUAUGCAGAGUGGUGACAAUUUUGUUCUGCUUGAAGGUAUUGCGGACAAGCUCGGUGCAGCCAUUGGCGCUUCCCGUGCCGCUGUGGACGCAGGAUUUGUGCCUAACGACAUGCAGGUAGGGCAGACAGGUAAGAUUGUGGCCCCUGAUUUGUACAUUGCUGUGGGCAUUUCCGGCGCAAUUCAGCACCUGGCAGGCAUGAAAGACAGCAAAGUCAUCGUCGCCAUAAACAAAGACGAAGACGCGCCUAUCUUCCAGGUCGCUGAUUACGGCCUGGUAGCCGACUUGUUUAAGGCUCUACCUGAACUCGAAGCUCUGCUAUAG